UCGGGGACCGCGCGAGCCAGACGGAUGAUGGGCGAUACUGUGUGUCAGUUUAAACUUUGGGAUUAUUGUCGAGAAUGAGCGGCGAUGUACAAAUGUCUUAGUGCGGAGGGAAAGCAAUCAUGGAGCGAUCGCCGGAGAAGAGAUGGGGCAAGUGUGAUGUCAUCACACGUUUUCGAGUUGCACUUUUGGCGCAGGCUAAAACUUUUUUUAUUCUAUUCAUGUUCAUUCUUAUUCACAAACAUGACACAUGCGACAUGGCAUUUUGUACUUUUCAUGUAUCAUAGACAUACUCCAGAAGGUGGCAUUCCGGACGGCAGUGUAAACACUGGAGAAACAAUUAUGUUAUUCAUCCCCAUCAACAUUUACUUGAUCAUCUUUCUUGUGACUAGAAUCCAUGAACGUGCCUGACAAUGAUCCCUUCAGUACUCCGUAAUGUGGUAGUCAUUGAGUUCCUGAAAUAAUUUGCAUUUCCAAGAU